AUGUCGAUACCGCAGCCGCUUCACCUCGCGGCCGCUCUCGCUUUGGUCAGAAGCAAGCCGAAGCAUCUGACCAUCCAGGCACAUGUGCAAAAUCUUCGUGAUUCAAUUGGAACCAUUCAUCACGACGAUCGGACACUUCGACAGUUCAAUCUCUCUAUAUUCUGGCAAAAACAGCACGACAACCUGUAUGACAUGUUUGAGAAGGAACAAGCUGCAACUUUCGUCCUCCAACAGGAAAAUGAGGCGUUGCAAGCCCAGAUCACUCAACUUUCGACUCGUUCAAAACCUGGUCGAAAACGCAAGUCAGCCGAGCAAGAGGAGCCCGGAACGGUCAAAAGGAUGAAAGCAGGCACUAUCGCCAUAUCUGAAUUUGGCUCUGCUGCCGAUAUCGAUCCAGUUGUGAAAGCCAUGCGACAUAUUCAUCGUGUGCAAUCUUUGUGCAAAGGUCGCAUGUGGAACACUGACUCGAAUGCGCUGGCUUAUAACCUGAUCCAGGCCAUGCAAGCGCUGGGCCUAAUCGUCGAGUCCCUUCCACGCAAAGUGCAUGUUGCAGACUCUGCGAGCAAGUCUGUUGUUGCCGUGGCCAGGAGUUGUAUCUGUGUUUUCAACGGGCUCAAACGUAUGGAAUCUGUCGAUAUCGCGGAUAACUUUGCCAGCCAGGUCGUACAUGCUUGUGUGUGCUUCUUCGAUGUACUAUUCACCAGUCUCGAAGAAGGUGCGGCGAUACAAGUCAAGUCCAAGCGACCCGACCAAGAGACACCAGGCUUACAAGCCCUGUCACAGCUUGGAAAGGGCCUAUUCGAGAAUCUGCGAGGAUCAGCCACCACAUGCCAGUCCCACGCGAAUAUUCUCGAAGGUGCGGUUUACCAUUUGCUUCACAGGCUAGGAGAAGCAGCACAUGAGCUUUUACUGGACGGACCUCGCGACGACAAUAUCGAAAAGGAGAUGCAAAAUCUGCCACUCCCGGAUAACAGGCUGCUCGACCCUGUCAGGCAAACGGAAAUGAGAGGAGUCCUCACAUCGGCGCCUCUGCUGCUUGGCUGCUUAAGGAAGGCUGUGACUGAUCUUGAUGGGAUGCCGUCUGCUGGCACAGCACGGCUGAGACUCCAACGCACACUGGUCGACCGAAUAUUUGGUUCAGAACCCAGGGGUGCAGAAGCAAAGCAGGAUGUGCUUAGGCUGCCAGAAGCAUUUGGAGAACCACCAAAAGCUGUAGAAGCUGUUUGUACAGAAGACAUGGAGGAUAAAACUGACAAUUUCGAAUCUGAGCUCUGGACCUUAGUCGGAUGGGAUAUCUUGGGGAACGAAGAAAUGCGGUGA